GGAAAUUAUAAGCCAAAUAUAAAGAUAAAAAAUUAUAUUGACGGUUCAAAGUAUGAAGGUGAAAUUUUUGAUGAUAAAAGAAAUGGAAAAGGCAUUUAUCAUUAUAAAAAUUAAGAUAAGUAUAUAGGAGAUUGGAAGGAUGAUAAAUUUCAUGGAUUUGGCAUUUAUAUAUUUUAAAACGGAGAAAAGUUUGAAGGUGAACUUUAAGAGGGAAUAAAAAACGGAAAAGGAACCUAUAAAUAUAUUAAUGGAAAUUGCUAUACAGGAGAAUGGAAAAAUGAUAAAAAAAAUGGAUAUGGAGUGUAUGAAUAUUACAGUACUCAAGAAAAAUACGAUGGAUAAUGGGUAAAUAAAAAUAAAAAUAAUAAAGAAAUAACAAAAUAUUAGUUAAACGGAGAAAAACAUGGUAAUGGAAUAUUCAAUUUUGCUUAUGGGGAUAAAUAUUAAGGAUAAUGGAAAUUAGGACAUAAAUAUGGAAACGGUAUACUAUAAUAUUCUUCAGGAGCUAUACAUUAAGGUUAAUGGAUUGAAGACAAAGCACAUGGAUAAGGAACUUUUAUUUUUGAAAAUGGUGAUAAAUAUGAAGGUGAAUUUUAACAUGGUUAAAAAAAUGGUUAUGGUAAAAUUUUUUUUACUGAUAAUUCUUCUUAUUAAGGUUUAUGGCUAAAUGAUUAAAUAAAUGGAAAAGGAAUUCAUUUUUAUGCUAAUGGUGAUAGGUAUGAAGGAAAUUUUGAAAAUGGUAAAAAAUAAGGUAGAGGAUUAUAUUUUUAUUGCAAUGGAGAUAUGUAUGAUGGCGAAUGGAAAGAUGACCAUAAGAAUGGAUAUGGAAAAUUUAGAAUGGCACAUGGAGAUUUAUAUGAAGGAGAAUGGAAAAAUGGAUUAAGAAAUACCAAAGGAAUUUAUAAAUUUUCAAAUGGAGAUUAAUUUGAAGGAUUUAUUGAAAAUAAUAAAAAAAAAGGAAAAGGAAGUUAUAGAUGGAAAAAUAAUGCCAAAGUAAUUUUUUUUUUUUUUAAAUAUAUGUUUUUUAAUAAUCAGGUUUAAGGCGAAUGGAAAGAAGACUAAAUUUUAGGAUAAUUCUAAUUAAUUUAAGAAGAUGGAUAAGUUUUAUAGGCUAACUUUUAAUAAGAAAGAAAUAAUUGAUUUAAAUAUAAUUUAAAUAAAUUAUAUUUAUAUAUAUAUAUAUAUGAAUUUAAUAUAUUUAUAAAAAAUUUAAUUAAUCAUAAUUUAUUUUAUAUUAUUUUAAUUAUCAUAUUUGAUGGUAUUUUUUUAAAAACUUCGUAUUAAUUGGAGAGAUUCUUAACAUGUUAAUAUUAUUAAUAUAUAAUAUUUUUUAUUUUAAUUCAAUAUUUAAAAUAAAAAAAAAUUAAAUUUAUAAAUAUCUAAAUUUUAAAUAUUAUUAUUACAUUGA